UGGCCGAUACUCUUUCCGACCACAUAGUAUGCAAGUAUCAUACUACUGGCAACACUAAAUUCCUGGAAAUGGCGAAAACGCUGGAGCUCCCGAUCAUCGAUUUUGCUUCUUCUGACCGUAACUCCACUGCUCAUUCUAUUCGUCAGGCUUGUGUCGAAUGCGGCUUCUUUUACCUUGUGAAUCAUGGGGUGGAAGACAAGUUGUUGCAGAAAGUGCUUGAAGGAAGUAAAGCAUUUUUCUCUCUCUCCCUUGAAGAAAAAAUGAAACUGGCUCGUAAAGAGCAUAGAGGUUAUACACCACUGUAUGCUGAAAAACUUGACCCUUCUUCAAGUUCCAGAGGUGACUCGAAAGAGAGCUUCUACAUUGGGCCUCUUGAAGACAUAGGGGACUUGAAUCAGUGGCCAUCAGAGGAGGUUUUGCCAAGCUGGAGGUCUACCAUGGAAGAUUAUUAUAAACGAGUCUUGAAUGCUGGUGAAAGACUCAUCUCAUUAAUUGCUUUGGCACUGAACUUGGAUGAGAACUUCUUCAGUGAUGUUGGUGCCUUUAAUCUGCCAAAUGCUUUUCUACGCUUGCUUCAUUAUCCAGGUGAAUUAGGUGCAUCUAGUGAAGAAAUAUAUGGUGCUUCUGCUCAUUCAGAUUAUGGAAUGAUAACUCUUCUAGCAACUGAUGGCAUAGGUGGACUUCAGGUUUGCAGAGACAAAAUCAAGGAGCCACGUGAUUGGGAAGAUGUUCAAUACAUCCCUGGGGCCUUCAUUGUCAACAUUGGUGACAUGAUGGAGAGAUGGACAAAUUGUUUGUUUCGGUCAACGUUGCAUCGAGUAAUGCCUACAGGUCAAGAACGAUAUUCGGUGGCCUUCUUUUUGGAUCCUAAUCCAGAUUGUGUGGUGGAAUGCUUGAAAAGUUGCUGCAACAAGUCAACCCCUCCUAGAUAUCCCCCAAUCCGCAGUGGUGACUAUCUCAAGGAGCGCCUCAAACUUACAUAUGGUUCAUAGAGUUAUUUUAGCCCAUGAACCUGGCUUUAACAAGGUGAAAAUCAUUACCAUUCAGAUUUAUGUUAAUUUCCUGUAGGUGAAUGUUGAGUCUUCAAUACUCUUACGGGCAUGCUAGCCUACUUUCAUAUUAGGCUCCAUUCUAGUUUGAAACUGCUAUGUUUGAUGAUUAUUUGUAUCAGUAAUUGAGCAUUUAUGUUAUUUUCUAGCAUGUAUUGCACUUUCAUCUUACAUUGAGUUGAUUAUCUGAAGUCAGCCCGCCCUUCUACUCU